AUGCGGAAAAAAGACAAAGAUGUAGAAGAAACGACGUUCGUCAUGAAUCCCAGGAAAUCGAGGUGAGAAAAAUCUUUAUUUGAAGUUACGAUUUUUCCUUUUCAGGUACAGACGAUCCGAUCGACAAUCAAGCUUGGAAGAGACUUCGUUUAUCGAUGCUCCCAGUACUUCCCAAGCAGGGUUUUUUUUUUCAGCAUUAACAAUGGAAAGUUAGUGAAAAUUAUUCAGCCAGAAAAUUUCUCCCAACAGUUUUGAAGAAUCGUCCAUGUUGCCCAGCACGUUACAACCCGGGUUUUAUUUAAAUUAUCUAAUUAAUUAAUCAAAAUUUUCCAGUCACCGAAAUUCAUUCAAUAGCUUCGGAGAAUCCUCGUCUUCCAUGUUGCCGAGUACUUCUCAAACACGGUUUUUCAUUUUUUCGUUCUUUUUUUUCGAUGGAAGUCAUAAUUUCAGGCAGGAAAGACGUUCGCAGGCGUCAAGUUUAGUUGAAACUUCGUUUUCAUUGUAUCCCAGUCCGUCACAAAAUGAGUCAGUUUCAUUUUUAUACCUUUAUUUCCAGAAAAAUUUAAUUUUCAGUCAAAUACAACCAGCGGAUAUGGAAGAGACCUCGUUUAUGGAUUUGCCCAGUUGCUCCUAUAAAAGGUUGAUUUUUUUUAUGAUUUUUUUCAAGCUUUUUUUAAAUAUUUUUUUGGGUCUAUAGAAUAUUAUUAAAAAGGUCUCGAGACGAAGAGCCGUUUUUUUGCUAUUUUUUUCAUGAAAAACCCGCCUUUAAAAAUUUAAAGGAGAGAUUUUUUUAAAUGGCCAAAAAAACGGGGAGAAGUACAGUAAAUCUUUCCAAGGUUCGGAUUUUCGUGCCAAGACAUUUUUCUCGAAAUUUAACUCAUAACUUAAACUUUCGGACUAGUUUUUCUCAAAAAUUGAAAAAAUUUCAAUUUUCAGAAGACCACGCCCAUCGUCAUUGUUCAAAAAUAGCCGAUCCCAAUUUUUGUAAGCCCUUUUUUUCCUUUUUUAAAUAAUUUGAUAAUUUUCAGUGAAAGGGAUUCACAGGAAUCAAGUUUGGAAGACUCGGUCUCUAUUGAACUUAGCAGUAUUCGGUAUUUAUUUUUCAACUUAUCAAAUAGUUUUACUUCAUUUUUUCAGACAAAGAUCCGCAAGUGUACAAGAGAAAAAAGUACAUAUAAAUCCAGAAGUCGUGGUCAAAAAAUCUCAAAGCCAGCCAAAUCCCUUUGAGUUUGGAAAAAAAUAAAAAAUGAACUCAAAAAGUGUUUUUACAGCGAAUGUGUGAGGAGAACAUCUGUACAUGAAGCUUCCCAACAAGCUUUGACUUAUAGAGUUCCGACAACGUUAAUGAGGUUUUUCUUAUCUUGAAAAAUAUUCAAUAUGGUUUUUUUAAUAUUUCAGCAAAUCGUCAAGUAAUGCAAGCAGAAGGACAAUUUUCGUUUUCCCAAUAUUUACCAAAAUAGAAAUCUACGAAGAUUUAUCGGUUUUUAAAUCCAUAUUUAAAAUUACCUCGUAUCGGAAAAAUUCAGGUUGCUUCAACUCCGUCGCCAAUCUUUUUCAAAUUGAAAUAUCGCAUCGGUAUCCGACCCAAGACAAGACAUCGGCGGCCAUUUGACGAUACAAGUGUAUACAGCGAGUUUUCCGGCCAAACUGGAAUGACUCGUACAACAACUUCAGCGUCAACGAUUUCUUUUCUUGAACCCAGAUGGAGGAGAAGGUAUAUUUUAUUUAAUUGGGCCAAAAGAAUUAAUAAAAACAACAGAGACGGAAAAAAGUAAGAAAAUGUGUACUGUGUGCAUAAACAGUGUGAACACAGCCCUAUCUACGGCCAAAACUAUUGCUCUCGACAGUUUGUCAAAAAAAAUUUCCAUCUUUUUCAAACCUAUUUAUGCGUUUUUAUCAGUUAUAUUCUCAUUGAAAAUUCUUUCUGGUUUUGAGAUAAUAAUUAUUUUGAGAUGAAUCUGAGAUUUUUUAAAAAUCAACUCACUUUUUCUCAACGUCUAGUUUGCUCAUAAUCUUCAAUUAAAAUCAAAGCGCGUGCCGAAAACACUUGACAUUGAAGUGGGCCGAAGUAAUCAGUGUCCGAGUGGAUUUUCAUGAGCCAUCGCACUUUUUCGAGAGCCUCGCACGGCAGAUUGCCUUUUUAUUGACCUCUGAGCCGCUUUUUUUUUUUUUGAAAAUAGGAACGAAUCAGAUUGGACUUGGAAUUAGAAAGACGAGAAAAAAAUAUCAACAAGGUUAUUUUCUUGAAAUUUUUGAACUGAUUCUUUUUUUUCAAUGUCAAAAGCGUCCACGGCUCGAUUUUUGCCGAAAAACUCUAAAAGAAGAAUUUCUUUUUUUGUUGUUGAUUAUAUGACAGGGUUUUGAUAUCUUUUAGUUCAAUGGUUACUAAAUUUGAGCUCGACUUCGUUUACUUAGUUUCGAGAUCAGUCUAAUAGGUUUUCCGAAAAAUAAAUUUUCUUGGACUCCUUGAACUUUACAGUAAAUAUUUAUUAAAAGUGUGUAAAGGUUUUCUUCGGUUCAAAAAAAAAAAGCGUCGAAAAACCACUUUUCUAACACAUUCAAUAUCAAUAGGGCGUUUUUAAAAGGGCGGCAAAAUCGAAAAGAAAAGCUUUUUAUAAUCAUUCUGAGUGAUUUCGAAGAAAAUGAUGCAAUCUUCACUUAAUAUUGUAGAAAAUCCAUUCUGAGCAUCAGUCUGAUGCAAUAUCCAGAAGGGGGCGUGGCUACUGGACAAACGGAAAAAGCGUCAUUUUUUUCCCACGCUGCCAACCUUUACUCGUUUUUCGAUUUUUCUUUUCUUUCUUUCUUUUUUAUUUUCUCCUUUUUAUGCUGUUAUACUAUCCACUUAUACAGUAAAGGAUGACGUUCACUAUUAAUGAGUUUUAGAAUAUUCAGAAGGCCAAGAAAUAAGUCUUGACUCUACUUUUAACUGAAAAGUAGGAUUUUGAUGGUAAAUUUCUUUGAAAUUUUGCCUGUGCUCAUUUUGAAAGGCUUGUGAACCGAUUAUAUAACUUCAAAAAGUUCACAAAGACUUUUUGAAUGUUCAAAAAUGCUUUAAAAAAAUCUCCUGAGGUUUUCCAAAGCGAAAGGCCAUUUUUUAGUAUCAAUCCAAGCUUCUGCGCCUUUAAAAACCAUUAAUUUUGCUCAAAGUUUCUUAUAAUUUUCGAUGAAAAAGCCCUCUGGUCAAACAUCAUUCAACAAAAAUCGAAUUAGGCUGAGAAUAUUUCAAUAACAAUGAUAUUUUCCUCUGUUUGUUCAGCUUUUGGCUGUUGUUGAACACUUUUCAACAAAUUUCCGUUUUAGUCCUUUUUCCUAGAAACAUCCGCAGAUAUGUAGGUGUCAGGUUUGUAAUAUUUCCGACAGGCGGACAUUCUGUUCGGACGUUUGUGUAAUGGCCACAAGGGAAGUUUUUGCAUUGAUUAAUGCCCUCUCGGACUGAGCGUUCUUUGAAGAUUUGGGCUCGAUUUUUCCGUUUUUUCGCGUCUUUUAUCUGUUUAAAUUCGUAUUUUUGUUAUAAUUUCGUUUUGUUAGAUUUGAAUUAAAACUGCUAGAAAAUAACCUAGAAGAAAACAAGUUGAGCGUGUUUAUUUUUUAAAUGUUGGGUUACUGUGGUUUCGGUUUGUGCAUACACUCCAUAUUACGUACGAUGCGCAUCCUUACGCCUAUUUAGUAUAAUUCUGUUUAUUUUAUAUGAUUUUAGUACUUUUGAUGUUUUUUUUUUAAUUUUAGGUAUGUACAAUUGUUUUUUACAAUGUUAAAUAGUGCAUCCUCAAAAAAAGUAACAUCUUUGUUUGUUGUUUAAGAUGAAGAAAUAUGGUUCUCUUUUAUUUUUUUCUUGUCUACCGUUUGAUGAAAAUAUGAAUUUUUAAAUGUUUUGAAGUCAUUCUUUUAGUUUCAAACGGCUAUUAUUAAUAAUAACUUAGCGAUUAUACGCCAGAAUAUAUCAAGUUUCAAAAAUAUUUUUUCCCUUUUUCAGUACAAUUUUUUCUCUUUUUCAAGGCCUUUCUUCUAUAAACCCUGUUAUUUUCUCUCCAAAAAUAAGUAUAAUAUAAUAGAAUCUCGAUGUAAUGUGCCGUGCAAUCUGCAGAAACGGAGCCAUUUAUCCCAGAAAUGGAGCCUAUCUUGUUUAGAUAUAGAGAUAAUUGGAAAGUAAGAGACCCAAAGAGCGGAAGAAAAAGCGAGAGAGCCAGAUAUGUGGAAGAGACGCAGGACAAGGCUCGGGCAGAGUGCCAACCUCCUUUUUUUUGACCCAAGUCCUCCUAUUUCUCUUCUUUUUUUUUCCUCCGUUCGCUGCCUCUUUUUUUCUGUUUCUCUUCUGUGUGUUGUGCUCUCUAUUGCGUUCCGCAACAUCCUUUUUGAAUUUGAAUUUUUUUAGGAUUUGAUUCGGGGCCUUUUUUUCAGUGAAUAGCUGCUCAAAAAAACAUGCAAAAGAAGCGUUUUUUUGAACUAGAUUUUUUUAUUUUUUUGAACAUUUAUUUUGAUUUGAGAAGAACAAGUAUUUUUUUUAAUGAAAGACUAUUUUUUUGCAAACUUUGAAAAACAAGUAUGUUAACCAUGUUUAAAAUUAGAUAAAAAGCGGAUUUAGCAAGUAAAUUUUUGAAAAAAGGAGACUUCAAUUUUGAUUUUCUGAAAUUCUUGGCCUCAAAAACACUUAUCCUACCUUUUGAAUACUGAGUAAGACUCAAAAAAAUCUUCCGAAAAAAUUUUAACCAUGAAAAAAACUUUUUAAAUGUUUAAAAAGAAGGUAAUCUGUAUCAAAAAAAUCUUGAAAAAAAUGUCAAUUUUUUUCUGAAAUUUUCAUGUUUCGAUUCGAUUUCUUGUGCUUUAUAUGUUGUGAUACAAUUUUUUUGUCUAUAAAGCUGAAAAAUGAGGAAGUGAGUUUAAUUAUAGCUCGUCCUCUUGAGUAGUUCAAAGAGUAACCUAAAACCACGUGGGGGACAAACUCCAACGGUAACUUGGUACUUUUGUUGUCUUUCUGCCGAGAAAAGCCGAUUGACCGAGGCUAUUUGCUAAAAAAGAAGACGAACGGCCGCUGCGGCACGCGCCUUUUCGUCAAGUUGCCGAGUUUUCCGCUCUUUUUUGUUUGAUUUUAUCUUCUUUUUGUCAUUUUUUGAGAAGAGAGGGAUUUUUGGUGGGCUCUUUUAGUUCAAAAAAGCAUAAAUUGGGCUUUUAAAUGGAGGAUUUUUGAACUUAAAAAAUUUGAAACUAAACGGUUUAGCUUAAAAAAGAAUCUAAAAUUCGGAAAAAGCUCCUUUUUCUAUUUUUAGCAUGCUUUCUAGUCGGGUUUUUCGAUUUUCGUUAGGCUAUGUUGUGAAUAUAACAUAUAUUUUAACAGAUUUAAAGCUCAAAAAUCGAUAAUUUUCAAGAAAUUUCGAACUUAUAUAAUUAUUUAAGACUUCAGAAUGACUUAUAAGGACGAAAAUCAAAGAAAAAGCGCUUUUUUCUAUUUUGAGCAGACCUUUUUAACGAUUUUUUAAACUUUCAAUAGGCUAUGUUGUGUAUGGAACAUAUAGUUCAAUGAAAUUUGAGCUUAAAAAUAAAUAAUUUUUAAGAAAAAAAGAAGUGAUAUAAAUAUUUAAAACUUCAGAACGACUUAUAAGGAAGAAAAUCAGAGAAAAAGUGCUUUUUUCUAUUUUGAGCAGGCUUUUUAUUUGAAUUUUUCGAUUUCCAAUAGGCUAUGCUGUGUAUGAAACAUAUUUCAAUUAUUAAGCUUCGAAAAAACUCAAAAAGCUCAAAAUAUAAAAAAGUUUGGAGUUUGAAUACUACUAAAAGUGCAAGUUUAUCAGACCUCCCAUGUGGCGUUUUUUUACGACUCUGUUCUCCAUCUUUUUUUUUUCGUCGCGCUACGUUUUUCAUUCAGGGAAAAAUCGUAUCAUUUUGUGUUUCCUUUGAAUUUUUGCACUAUCAGAUUUUUUGGGUUAGCCGUUUAUUUUGUAACUUUUGUAAGAUUUCCAUUUUUUUUUUGACCUUUUUUUAAACGAGAAAAAGAGGUCAAAAUAUUUAAAAAUUGGAAAAAACAGAAUUUUACAAAGAAUGAGUCUUAUAGCGAUCUACAGUACCUCAAGUCCAUUUUUUGGUGAAUUUUUGUAAGAUUUUUAAAAUUUAUUUUUACUGUAUUUUUUCCAUCUGUUUCCUAGGGAGAGAACAGAAGGGUCUAUAAAUUUUUCUACCGAAAAAUGGGUCUUAAAGCGUUUUAAUAACGACCUCUACAGUACUUCGUCCAUUCUUUGAUGACUAUCAAGCGAUUGUCGAAAAAUAGAACGAAUGGCAACAUUUUAAUCUGUUGAUUCUUCUGCUCAACCGCAGACACGACCUGAGAAACAUGAUAAUGAUGACCGAUUCGAAAAUUCGAAAUUGUUUUCUCAGGAUUAUGUCAGAGGUGUGAUAAGUGCGUAGGAAAAUUCGCCUAGCUUAUCAAAAAUCGAGGGCGUUCUUUAUCAGUCGGGCCGCGCGACCCUCUGAUUGUUAUUUUAAUCAUUAUUUUCGUCGUGAGGUAAUUUUGGGCUUCCUUGCUCUGUCAGAGGCGUGAAUGCUACCUAGAAGUAUCUCGGACACGCUCUGGAAGUUCUGGGCGACUCUAGGGGCCACUUCAGAGUUCUGACGCUACUAAAGUGGUCACUAGGAACGUCUCGACAAGUCUGGUUCGCGUUACCGAGGUCUGAGAAUUUCCCCCUGAACUCGGACGCGCCUCGGGCGUCUCUAAGCAAUUCUAGGGGUCACUUAAGAGUUCUGACGCUACUAAAGUGGUCACUAGAAACGCCCCAACAAGUCUGGUUCGCGUUUCCAUGGACUAAGGACGAAAAAUAAAUGAUUUGUUGCCAAUAUUAAAAGAAAUUAUCAAUUUUUCGGUUUCUGCUGACUUUUGUAAACUUUUUCGGUGUUUUUAGUAAGAUUAAAAGUUGGAUAUUUUAAUUCAGUACCCAAAAAAGUUUUUUGAAAGUACCAAAUCUUAAACUUUCUUCCGCUAACUCUUCACUUCCUUCCGCCAGUUUAUUCCUAGUUUUCUCUGCCCUAAAUUGAAAGGUUUCUGCACAAACUUCCUGUUUUUUUACACCCCCAAAUCAUAUAUAAAUGUGACCUUCUCUCCGUUCUCUUUUUUUUUUUGUUUUGACCCGAAUCGCGAACAAGAAGACUGAUACGGGGCCAGAGGGCGAAGAACUUUUCAAACGGCCGUUUCUCCCGUUUCCUUCCUUUUAUUUUUCAAAUUUUGUCAAUUUUGAAGCCUUUUCUACGCUCUGAAAGUGACGGGCUUUGAAAUUGUUCUCAUUCGGUUUUUUUUUUGGCAUUUUUCUGAACUAUUUUCCAAUUUUUCAGGUUGAACCGUGUGCAUUACGACGACUCAAUGGACACGUCAACAAGUACGUUUCAAAAAAUGAACAUAUUUUAUGAAUUUACAACUUAUUGAUUCCAGAUUUAUCGGUGUGUUUCUUUCCUGAUUAAGUUUUCAGUUAAUUUGCAAAAAAAAGAUCCUUGAGUCCGUUUUCCCGAUUUUUGACCAACUCCCUUUGCUUCCCUUAAAAUAGAUCCAGAAGAAUUUUUUUCGAAUUUUUUUAUUGAAUAUAUUCAAUUUUUUUGGGUCAAAAUCUAUUUUCAGAAUGAAAAAAACCCCGACUUUAUCCUCUCGACGUCAAUUUUUCAGACCCAAGUCCAUUAAAAAAAUUGAUUUCUUGUCCAUUUUUUUCUCAAUUUUUUUAUCAUCCCGACAGUAGUUACAUGCCUUAUCUUGCCCCCUUUUUUGACAUUUAUGGCCCUUGAGACGAUAUUUUCGACAUUUAUGGCCUUUUAGAUCAUUUUUAGGCCUACUGAAAAAUCGAAAAAAACGUUGACAGAAUCUGAAGAAAGGGGGAAAUUCUUAAGCUUGAAUUUUAAAGCUGUUUUUUUUGGCUAAAAACAAGAAAAAAGAAAUAUUAGCGAUAGAUCAACAGGGAUGUGAAGAGAUGCCAGACGGCUAGAGAUUUGUCUUUUUCUCUGCUAUCUCUAACAUUAUUUUCUAUCAUUCUUAGUUUUUUCCAUAAAAAAAAAUAGGAAGAAAAUAAUUCAAAUUCUUAUCAAGGGAAAGAUACGUCUCAAGAAAAGAAUGAAACCCGAAUGGAUUUAUGUGAGUAGUAAAUUUCGUGGAACUGAGAUAGCAAAGAAGAAGCGAGAGAUCAACGGUGAACCGAAGAGACGUCAGACAUCAAACGAUGUUGGUUUUUCCUGGUGUCUCUUCAAGGUUUCAACGAUCUCUCUUAUUAUUUUUUUUUAGUUUUUUCAAAAAAAAAAGAACACUGAAAUUCUCUUUAUUAAGAAAGAAAUUUUCAGAAAAUCUUGAAGUUUGAAAAAUUAUGUGUUUAUUCAUUGUGUAUUGGGUUAUAAUUAUUGUGGAGAUGGAUGUCAAAAUAAGACCAAACUUUGAAAAAAGCCCAAAAAUAGCAGUUUUUCCGUCUUCCGUGUGACUUUUUUGGGCAUUCUGUAUGAAAAAAAAUCCAAACUUCUCUCAAAAAAUUGAAACUUUAAGAACCAGGAACAGAAAUUUCAUUUCCGUAAACCGUAUUGGUUAGCUCUUUAAAAAAAGGUUUUUUGAUAGAAAAUAGCGUAAGAGAGAGAGAGAGAGAGAUCACAGGCUGAUUUAAGAGAGGCCAGACAACUAGGAUUUCCUAUUUUUCUCUGUGUCUCUUCAGACUUCCACUGAUCUCUCUGAAAAAUUCCGUUUUUGUUCAUUUUUUGAGAGGGUUUACCAUUGUUUGAAGUAUUUAUGCUCUAAGAUAAAAGGUGAAUUUUUAAUAAAUCACCAAAAUAAAGUUUAAAUCUACGACUUUAUCCUCUUUAUCUGAGCCUGACGUCAAUUUUUAGAACAAAGUCCAUUUUUCAAAAAAAAAAAUUAGAUUUUCGAUUCCUUUUCGUCAUUUUUAUCAUCCCGACAGUAGUUACAAGCCUUAUCUCGACCCAUUUUUUGACAUUUAUUACCCUCAAGACGGCAUUUUUGACGUUUAUGGUCCUUUAGAUUAAUGCGUGGCCUACUGAAUACUCAAGAACAAAAAAAAUGUUGAUUUGAUUAGUUCAGGGUACAAGGUAUGCUCUGUGUAAUGUGGAGGAUUUUACCGGGAGAAAAAGUUUCCAGCUUUUUUUUUUCCUGCAAUCAACCCUUUUGAUUUAUGCUAGUCUAAAUGUUACAGUUGGCAUGAACAAUUGCGCUCUGAUUGUAAUCUUGGAAGAUAGGAGAAAAAUUGCUGGAACUUUGUGCGGAUCAUUUAUUUGGAUCUUUUAGAUUUAGAGGGUGUAGAUCAGAAUGAAUCCCUGGAAAUUGAAGCUUGAAAAUUUCAGAAUGAAAGUUUCUAGAGGAAUCAGUCGAAAAAUCAUGAUUUUUUGGGGUUUUUCAUAAAUGACACUCAUUUUUGGGUUGUGACAAUUAUUACUUCAGGAAAUUUUUCUUUGUAAAAUGGGAAGGAAGCACUUAAAGAUGAGAAAUUGACGCAUUUUGAAGAAAAAAAAAACGAAAAAAUUGGGAAAGAAAUAUUGCAAAUAGUUUAUUGAACUUAUUAAUUCAAGAAUAUUGACAAUUUCAGUUCAAAGUGGGAAAAUAUUAAGAAUUUUUUUGAAAAAUAUAUAUUAAAAAAAAACUUUGAGAAGAAAGAUAUUGAAGAUGAAAUUUUUAAGUUUCACUUUAGGAGAUUAGAAGAAAGAAGUUUUAAAAGGAAAAUUUCAAAUCUUUUUUUCGGUCACAAAUUUUCUUUGCAAAAGAGGUUUUUUGAAGCCCAAUGGUGUACAGUAAAGAAAACAGACCGUUAAGAGUGGAUUUUCAAUCUUCGGUCAUUCUUGGAUUUUUUAAGCUUGGAAAAGACUCAGUACUCGGACCUUGGUAACGCGAAUCGGACGUGUUGGGGCAUUUCUAGUGACCACUUUAGAAGCCUCAGAACUCUCAAGUGAUCCCUAGAAUCGCCCAGAAACUUGCGUUUCGCGUUACCAAUGUCCGAGUAAACGAUGAUCAACGAAACGUUCAGACUUCUAUUCGUAGCAUGACUUAAACAAGAACAUAAACGAUUUAUUGAUUGAUUGAUUUUGAUUGCUGAUCUCCAAAGACACUUCGUAGAGGAAUAACUAUUUCUAGAGCUUGUCCCGUCGACACGACUGGGCCUGGCGGUGGUCUGCUUCUUCGCAUGCCUUCUGACCUACGCGAUGAGGACGAACAUGUCCCUCGCCAUCGUCUGCAUGGUUACCGAGAACACCACCGUCGAUGGCAGCGUCACGGCCAUCCCCAAAUGUGUGGACCCCGAUGCGUCCACUACCACAAAAUCCGAGGUUUGUAAGGCAGAAAGUGAUGAAAAAAAAAAAAAAUUUUGAUGUGGAACGAAUGAAAAUCAGAUAGAAAUAUCAUAGGAAGCAGUAGUAAUUGAUAAUGGGAAAAUGAAAAAUCGAGAAUUUUGAAAUUAUGGAGUAUUUUGACUGGAAUCCAGGUUUUCAAGCUUCUGAUAGACCGGAAGUUUGCAGAAAUUUCAAAUUUUGGCUGGUUUUUCGGAAAAAUGCCCAUUUCAUAAAAACUAUUGAUUUUUUCAGAUGAUUGGCGAGUUUGACUGGGACAAGAAGCUGUCUGGAUUCGUCCUGUCGGCCUUCUUCUAUGGUUACGUCGGAAGUCAGGUGAUUAAAAUGAGAAAAAAGAGAAAAUGCAACUUUCUGGGUUACUGUAGUUUAAUUUGUGCAAGCACCGAGGUCGGAAAAAUCAUUGCGGACUAGCCGUUUUAUUUCACGACAUCUUUUAAAAAUCGCGUUUUUGCUCGAGAUUGUUCUUAAAAACUGGUUUUUGUGUCUUUUUUUCGGUUUUAGUUCACUUCGAAAUUUUUUUAGAUUGUAUAAAUGUUCAUCUUUGAGAGGAAAAACAUUUUUUUUUCUCUUAAAAACCAAGUUUUUUCAUUGAAUUUUUUUUUUCAAUUCGAAUUUUUUCAGAUCCUCGGUGGUUAUUUGGCGACCCAUUAUGGUGGUAAACGUGUGGUUCUGGUUACUGUUCUGGGCUCUGCCCUCUUGACUUUGGCCAAUCCGAUCGCCGCCAGAACUUCUGUCUACGCCUUGAUCCUCCUCCGUGCCGCGAUUGGAUUCCUCCAGGUUUUUUUUUUUCAAAAAAUGAAGAUUUUAAGAACCUUUAAAGGCAUUUUUAUGUAGGAAAUACCUUAAAAAUCUUUCAGGGAGCCACUUUCCCGGCGGUCCACACGAUGUGGUCGGUUUGGGGACCUCCCAGCGAACUUUCCGUCCUCACUGGAAUCACUUAUGCUGGUUUAUCUUGAAAAAUGGACUUGAAGGGAUAAAAUCAACAUUUCCAAGGCGCCCAAAUCGGAAACGUGAUCGUGUUGCCGUUGUCGGGUUACUUGUGCGAAAAUGGCUUCGACGGCGGUUGGCCUUCGAUUUUCUACAUCAUUGGUGGGUGAAGGGAAAUUUGAUAGUUUGAUUAGGAUAUUGUUUGGAACUUUUCCAGAAUUUUUAUGAAAUUUUCGGGAGAAAGAAUGGCUUUUUUGGGUGGAAUUUUGUCGCGAAAACCAGGAAUUUUUAAGCAAAUCCGCUAAAUUAGCGAACAAAUUUGAACAUUUUUCUAGCAUAGUAUUAAUUUUCAAGGUAAAGUAUAAUUCUUGAUAGUUUUAUCGCAAAUUCGCAUCGUUUCUGAGCAAGUUUGAAACUGACCUUUUUUUUUGAAAAGCUGGUUUUGACGGUUUUUCAGGAAUUUUGUGAGUCUCACCAUGAAUUUUCUGUUUUAAGAGAUGAUCGGUCGUUUUUAACCAGUGAUAAGCUUUCAAAAACUAUUCAUUUUGUUGUUUUAGUCAGAUUUAAACGACUGUGAAGACGAACUUUAAAAGCGAUAACGAACAACCGCCUUUGGCAAGUCAAAAAGUGUAGUUGAUCAAGUUAGAAGUCAAAACGUGUAGUUGAUCAAGUUGAAAUCAUGGUCUUACGGUUUUUCGCCUCAUUUUUCUGCGCGUAGUUCAACCAAUUGCGCCUUGACGAGCUCAGAAUGUAGCUGAUAUUGCAGCUGGAGCUCGAAGACCGUGCUCUAGGUGGAAGCCUCAAAAUGAGAGCGACCCAUACGUUGGCUGUAUCCCACCUCAGUCUUUUGCGCGCGAAAAAAAGAAAUUUGAAAGUGUACUGAAAUAGGCCGCACUUUUCGGGAAGCAGGCCGCGCUUUUUUGGGGGUAGGCCGCAGUUUUAGGGGGGUAGGCCGCACCCCGGGAUGAAAUCCAGCCGAAGUAUGGAGUGACCACUUCGAGUCAAGAUUCUACACGGAAUUCGGAAAGUUUUCAGGCUCGUGCGGCCUUCUCUGGUGCAUCUCCUGGAUCUAUUUCACCUCUGACCGCCCCUCGACUCAUCCCCGAAUUUCUGCCGGCGAACGCGAAUAUAUCAUCUCUUCUGUUGAAGCCAGCGUCGGAAAGAACACUGGAACGGUGAAGAUUGGAUAACUUCAUGGGGGGAAAGUCGUACAGCCCAUUCCGCCCCAGCUUGUCAUAUUUUAUUUUUCUCCAAGUUACAGAACCCUUCCCUUUGAUGCGCGUGGCCUUUAUCUGUGCAUGCGCCUUUAAUGUGACGGGAAUUCUAGACCAAACAAGCGGCGCAUGCAAAGAGAUACCGAAAGAAAGGGUUCUGUAGAUUUGAAAAAAGAUAAAAUCGUGACAAGUUGACGCGGAAUGGGCUAUAACUUUUUCUGAAGCUUGUUCCUUUUUUUCAGGACUUCCUAAAUUCAGAAAAAAAAAAUCCAUCUCAAUUGAUCUCAUUCUCAAGUUAUAACGCUUCAAAGGUCGCAACCUAAGAGAAAUCUUAAGAAAAAUCGGUUUUUGAAGCUUUUGAGAAGCCAUAACUCAAAAAUAUGAUCUUUUCCGAAAAUCGGGAGGCUCUGAAGUCCAGAAAAGUUGAAUCAAGAAAUAAACCGCGGCAAAAAAAUUAAACGUGUUAGAAAUUUUGCACGAAAUGCUACGUUUCAAAUUGAACAUAAUAGAAAGAUCAAAAGGAAAUUUUAGUUUCUCCGAAUCAUACUGAGUUUAAAGUUAGAGAAGGUUUUUUGUUAGCUUUGAUUAUGUAAAAUAGAAAGCUUUGAAGAUUCUAGAAGUCCUGGACCGUUUUGAAGGAAGGUUUCUUGGAGUUUGUUAUAGCUGACUUGGCUUGAGCUAUCGGAAAAAGGAUCCUGACACGAUAAUAAAAGAGAUAGUGCCUGGUUGAUAGAGAGCGCAGACAUGCCACGCCCCCCUUAGCGUCCUAAACUAGUCGUGAAAUAGCUAUAGAUGAUGUACAUAAAAACGGAAUUUUAUCAAAUUACUAUGUUUAUCAUUUGAUGCCUAGGAUUUACUGUCGUUGAUCAUCAAGGUUUUGAAACAGUACGAUAGUUUCAGCCGCCAGCGACCCCAUGGCUCUCGAUUUUCAAAUCGAAGGAAGUUUGGGCCUGCUGGGUCGGACACUUUGCCGGCGACUGGGGAGCCUACACGAUGUUGGUCUCGUUGCCGUCUUUCCUGAAGGACGUUCUCGGAUUGGACAUGGGAUCGGUGGGUUUCCAAUGGGAAAAGGACAGACAUGGGCCUUUUCAAACAUCACCUCGUUUCAAGUUGACCUAGUAAAUAAAAGAGAUUGAAAUGGAUCUCAGUCUUAAGUUCUCAAGAAUUCCGACAGUCCGCCCCUUGUCUUUGCCCACUUGCUGACGUAUAAAAAGAAUUAAAUGAAAAUUUGCAAAGUUACUUGUGCCAAGUGAUCGAAAAAAAAGAUCAAAAAGAAGCGAAAAAAUUGAGGAUUCCCUAAGUUAGAAUAACAUUUAAAAAAAGGCUCAGAAGAUCGGAGCAGCGUUUUGAGGUGAAGAGAAAAAAAUUUUUAACAGUGGCAGAAGAGUAGAAGAUCUUAAAAUUACCCUGAAUCUUUUUCUUUAUUUCAUCAAAAAAAUGCUUUACUUUUGACUCUGAAAGCUUUUUCCAAGGAACUUUCCCUGUUUUCAUUGCUUGCUUUUUGAAGCAUUUUUCCGAAAAAAAGGAAAAAUUUUGAGGAAAAAAAUUAAGAAAAAAAUCUUGAAAAAAACCCUUUGAUUAUGUGUGAUAUUCAACAGUUAUUUAAAAAGAACUGUUCUUUUUUUAUUUGCGUUUGAAAAAAAGAUAAUUUUCUAAAUAGAUGAAAAAGACAGAAGAUUCACAAGAAACUUUUUCCAAAUUCAAUCGUUUUUUUCAAGUUUAUAAUUUUUCGAAGCUUGCAAGUUUUUCAUUCAAAAAAAUUUAAGGACCUCGAAUCAUCUGAUUUUUUUCAAAAUUUGAACUUUUUUCAAAAAAAAUCCAAAAAGAAAUUUCAGCUCGGAGUAUGGGCCUCGAUCCCCUACAUUAUGUACUUCAUUGCCAUCAACAUUGGCGGUGUCUUGGCUGAUACUAUCCGCAAAAAAGAACUCCUGUCGACCUUGAACACUCGCCGCUCUGCUAUGCUCGUCGGUAAGAAAAUAGAAAUCAAAAAAUAGAGAUAAAUGGACUUUUCCCAGCCCUGAUUGGCCAGGCGAUCUUCCUCGUUUUGGCUGGCUACUGCAAGUGUGGACAGAAGGUUUUGAGAAAGAAUAAAUGAAUAAACAAAUUGAUUUUUCCUAGUACCUCGUCGUCGGACUCGUCACAGCGGCCAUGGCCAUCUCCGGACUGCAAUAUUCCGGAUUCGUCGUCAAUUACUUGGAAAUCGCGCCCCCGUUCUCGGGAACCGUCAUGGGCAUCGGUAACACGAUCUCGGCCGUCGCUGGAAUGGCCUCCCCCGCUGUUACCAGCUUCCUCACGCCUAAUGUUCGUUUUUUAGUAGAUUUUUCUCCAGAGUUGAGUUGAGAGAAAGUAGUUCGCCUAGUAACACUAGGAAAAAGAAAAAUGAAGGUUUUCAGAGUUUUUGGAAGCUUUUUGGAGUAUAUAAGAAUGAAAAUUGAUGGGUUUCUGAACUAGAAAUUGUAAAAAAGCAAAAUUCAAGGAUUUUGAAGUUUUUGGAAGCCUUUUUGAAAUAUUCAGAAUGAAAACUGCUCCUGUUUUGAAGUAGGACAAGAAAAAAGAAAAAAUUAAGAUUUUUUAGCUUUUGGAAGCUUUUUUCGAUCAUUGUGCAUGAUUUAAGAAUGAAAAUUGAUGUGAUUUCGAAGCAGAACUAGGGAAAAAGAAAGGUUUUGAAGUUUUUGAAAGUAUUAUUAAGGAUUUCGAAGAGUUUAGAACUUUUUCAAGUGUAUUUAUUGUUGAUCUGAACUGACGAAAAGCUUUUUCAGUGGUAACAUUGAUAGAAAUCGCUUGGGUUUGAAUUCGAUUCAGUAGAAAUAAUAAAAAGGUUCUCGGAGUUUUUCGAAGCUAUUGAAACAUUUUGAAGCAUUUAGAACUUUUUCAAGUAUAUUUAUUAUUGGUAUGAACUGGAGAGAAGCUUUUUCAGUGUAAAAAUUGAUAGGAAUCGUUCGGAUUUUGUUCGUUAUAGCUUCUAAACUUCUUUUUCAUCGUCUGAUCGAUUACAUCUGACUAAUCUGGAUCACUUCAAUUUUACACUCAGGCUUUUAAGGACUGGAAAGAUAUUUUUGAGAGCUGUUAAAGUUUCUUUACGACAGCAGCUUUUUUAGGUUUAAUUUUAAUUUUUUGGAGGAAAUUGUAACAUUUUUCUGUGUGUUUUUCUCCAUUGGAAGUUCAGAAGCUCAAGAUUCAAAUGUGAAUUUAAAAAAAAUUGAAUCUGAUGGAAGAAAAAAUUCCGAAUAACUCCUAUCUCCAGAAUGCAGUAAAAGAGAAGGAUUUGUAUUAUUUUGAGAAUUUCGCCUGAAUUUUUUGAUGUUUUUCAGAAUUCAUUGAGAAGUUGUUAGCUUAAUGAUGUGGUCAAAGUAAUUUCCGCGAAAUUCGAAUUUUUCUCUAACUUUUCUCAAAGUUGAGUCGUAUUUUCAUUCCCUGACGGUCGCGGAAUCACUUGGAACAAUGGAUUGAUUUAAUUCCACGAUUUCCUUUUCCAGGGAACCUCUGAAGAAUGGCAGUCGGUGCUGUGGCUGACGGCGGCGAUCCUCGUCUUCGGCGCCGUUUUCUUCUCGAUCUUCGCCUCCGGAAGCUGCCAGCCUUGGGCCAAACUCGACGCUGCCGAGGGACAUGAACUGGCGCCUCUCCGUGAAGACGAGAAAAUCGCCCUCGCUACUGCCUAG